AUGCGCGUUGAAUUUUUGAUUCUUCAAGUAGUCACUAAUGAAUUUUAUUUCACCACCAAUGAACCUGAAGAUCUCAGCACCAAACCAAGGGAUUUGAGAAAAACCGAAGAAAUCUCAUCGUCGAGUUCUCCAAGUUUGCCAAGUCCGACUAGCAGCACUAACACUCCUUCUCCUUAUUUUGAUUAUACUUCAAUUUCUCCUUCAAACUCACCAGUUACUUCACCUUCACCUCCAGCAAUCUACCAUCCAAUUCCAUUCCACCCAGCUUCUAUAAGCCCUGAAUACGCUCCUCAAACUUGGCACAGCAGUGUGGCAGCUCCUCAUUACCCCUAUGGAUUCGUCCCUUAUGGAUACCAUCAUCAUGACUACGUUGUGAGGUCAUCGUCACCUUAUAGUGGAAGUUCUUUGUCGCCACCACAUCAACCAACUCACCCUAUGAUGUCGCUGGCCAUCAAACCUCUGCCAUAUAGUGACCAAUCUUCGCUGAGUCCAAAUUCGUCGACAGCAUCACCGCCUCCUGAGAUGGUAACAGUUCGCGCAGAUAAACAUCGUCAAGCAGACAGACAUCAAUGCCCGGAUUGUGGAAAGAUCUACUGUACCUUGUCCGGACUCUCAAAACACCGUCAGUUCCACUGCGCUGCUGGUGAUGGACCCAAAAAACUCUUCAACUGCAAGUACUGCGAUAAAGUAUACGUUUCUUUGGGAGCUCUCAAGAUCCACAUCGGGACCCACACUCUACCUUGCAAGUGCGAGAUUUGCGGAAAAGCUUUUUCCCGACCUUGGUUGUUGCAAGGACACAUCCGUACCUACACCAGAGAAAAACCUUUCUCUUGCACCCACUGCAAUAGGGCUUUCGCCUAUAGAUCGAAUUUGAGGACCCAUCUGCAGACCCAUACGGAUGUCAAGAAGUAUUCCUGUAAGAAUUGUAACAAGACCUUCUCGAGGAUGUCUCUCCUGAACGAACACUUAGAAAGUGGAUGUCUUGGCAACGCUAAUGUUAUGCGUAUGCCGACUGAAAAUAGGUACUGA